CAUGCGCACUAGUAUGUAAAUGACAGUCUCCAUGUGAUUUUGCCUGACACCACCUCCAAAACCCUGUGUUGAAUAAGCCUAGUAUAAAAAAAGCAGACAAAUGCAAGCUCGGCUUCGCUCUUUUCUUGGUCGACCACUAGUUGAACCAUCAGUUGAACCACCGAUUGAACCACCUCCAUGUUUCAGUCCAUUCUCUACUGCAGCCGACGGUCGCCAUUACAUAUGGAGGGGGAGGGGUCCAAAAUGGGGAUCUAACAUCAUUGCUGUGUAUGAUCCAAGCACUGAGCUGUGGAGCCUCCUGCCCACCACUGGACCUCUACCCCCUGGAGAGUCGGGUGGUUGCUCUGUUUGUUUAGGUCGUUACCUGUACACCUUUGGUGGUUAUGAUGCGUCUUCAUCCUCUGAUCCGUACAACAAUGACAUGAGCAAGCUUGAUCUGGACACUCUCCAGUGGACCAAAGUUCAAACCUCUGGUAGUCAGCCUAUGAAAAAGGCUGGCUGUGGACUUGUCCGUGUGAAUGAAAGAACUCUGUGCUGCUUUGGAGGAGACGGUGGUGUUGAGGGCCACACAAACGAAUUCCAUUUCCUUGACACACAAAGUGGUGUCUGGUGGUCCCCUGAGCUCAGAGGAGAGAGACCUCCUCCCUGUACUAACUUCACCUUCACCAUGGUGGACCAGCACAGGGCAGUCUUCUUUGGAGGGUACCAAUCUGGCCGUGAUAUGGUCAAUGAUAUAUAUCUCUUUGACUUUAGGACCAUGGAGGUCACUAAGGUGAAGCCAGUACAGGGGCCAGUGGGGAGGUCACGCCAUGCUGCCUGUUGUCUCAACUAUGGCCAGGACCACCCUCAACUACUGGUGUACGGAGGACUGGAGAAAGGCAACAAUGUACUGGGGGACAUGUGGAUACUUGGUGUCGACACUGUCAAGUGGACAGAGGUGACACCUCCUGAGUCAACGUCACCACGUUGCAAGCUCUCCACCACUGCCACCAGUCUGGAACCAGGACUGACUGAGGUCCUCGUAUUUGGGGGUCGUUGGGAGAGUUGGAGGGGAAGUACAAUUGCUGAGACAACCAUACUGAGAUUUGAAUUGACUAGACCCUCAGUGUCUGUUGCUGAACCCUCGGCUGGGAAGUGGGCUCUCGUGGAUGUGGCCCACAACGACACUAGAGGCUCCGCCCAGCGACUGAGUGAGAAGAGGAUCAGACAAGCAACUGCUCGUGCCUUAUUAGUCAGUGAGACCAGAUAUCAAUCUUCUCAAGACCGGGUGAGGGCUCUGGAACAACAGUUACGAGCAGCAGAGCAGAGAGAGCACGACACUCAACGUUACCACCAAAUACAGUUGCAAGAGAAAGAUCGAGAAUUGGCCGAGGCCAGCCGUUGCCAUGGAGAUGCUGAGGAAAGAGCACAACUAGCAGAACAAAGAGAGCACGCUACACAAUUAGUGAAAGAUCGUGAAUUGGCUGAGGGGAACAGAAGAGAAGCUGACCUGUCUGCUCAAAUCACAGCUCUCAGGAGGGAGUUAGAAGGCAAGACGAAAGAGUUGUCAGCACACAACACAGAGGUGUGGAGGAUUCCGGCCAACAGAGUGAACACGAUGAGAACGAUUGGUACUGGAGGAUGGGGAGAGGUGCUGGAGGGAACAGUGAGCGUGGCCGUCAAGCGACUCUUUGCUGCCAUUGUCAACCAACGCAAUCUGGAGAGACUCCAGAGAGAAAUGAUGCUCUUGGCUGAAGUACGACACCCCAACCUGGUGCAGUUCAUUGGGGCAGUGUUUGACCAGUCCCCUCCUCUCAUCAUCACCGAGCUUCUUGACAUGAAUCUCCGACAAGCGUACGAGCAAAAGCAACUGGACCAAGGAAACCGCCUUUCGAUCUUCAUGGACAUUGCCCGGGCUUUGAACUACCUGCACCAGCGCUACGAUCCCAUCAUCCACCGUGAUGUGAGUGCUCCCAACGUUCUCCUCCAGCGAAUGCCCAACCACCAGUGGAAGGGGAAGGUCUCUGACCUGGGCUCAGCCAACUUCCUGCAGCAUGCUCAUACGAUGGGAGAGGGGGCCAUAAUCUACUCCCCUCCUGAAGUCAUGCCUCAACCGCUUGUACGACCUCCUCCACAAACUGUCAAGAUUGACGUGUACAGCUACGGCAUUGUGUUGGCUGAAGUGACUGCCAGUCGAUUUCCGAGUCAAGACAAUUUCCCUGAGAUGUUUGAGAGAAUCAAGAGAGAGCGUCCUGCAGUGUACGAGCUGAUACUCGGCUGUAUUGAGAGAGAGCCCAGCCAUCGACCCAGCAUGGCACAGGUGAUGGAGGAACUGAACAAAAUAGCACCCUUUUAACUAUGAACAAUGUGAACACUUAUCUAGUACCUUCUUUUUUAUAUUGAUUUGCUGCAACAUGCAUUUUUAUUGUGGAUAUGUGCAUUUAGAAUAUACUUGGUGAAUUUUAAAAUUAAGUUUGGCUUUGACUUUUGUGUAAUUAGUGUGUUUGCACUCUCCUAUUAUGAUGAUGAUGAAUUUUA